CUACAUUGUUAUUUUUUUCCAUUCUGCGGUGAGGUUUGCCGAUGCCGGUGGCCUCCAGGAAAUGUCGAAGCGGUGCGUGUGCGUUGCCCGAAGAGAGGACGCACCACUGGGAGGGGAAACUAGCAACAGCAGCAACAGGCGUCAGCGGCUUCGAGCAGCACUUUAAGGAAGGAACGAUGAGCGAGACAAGUGCGCCCAAAGUCGAACUUUUUGUGAAGGCAGGGAGUGAUGGCCAGAGUAUCGGCAACUGUCCCUUCUCUCAGCGCCUCUUCAUGGUGUUGUGGCUUAAAGGAGUCACAUUUGACGUUACCACCGUGGACAUGAAGAGGAAGCCGGACAUUUUGAACGACCUGGCUCCCGGUGCCCAGCCGCCCUUCCUGUUGUACGGCACCGAGGUGAAAACGGACACCAACAAGAUCGAGGAGUUCCUGGAGGACAAUCUCAGCCCCCCAAAGUAUCCUCGUCUGGCAGCGCGUAACCCCGAGUCAAACACAGCAGGCAUGGAUGUUUUCUCCAAGUUCUCAGCUUACAUCAAGAACUCCAACCCUCAGACCAAUGAAAAUCUCGAGAAAGGCCUUCUGAAAGCACUGAAGAAACUCGACGACUACCUCGGCUCGCCACUUCCUGACGAAAUUGACCAAAAUAGCUCCGAUGAAGUCACUUCCUCGUCCCGCCCCUUCCUCGACGGACAACAACUUACACUCGCUGACUGCAACCUGCUUCCAAAGCUCCACAUUGUCAAGGUUGUGUGUUUAAAGUACCGAAAAUUCAGCAUCCCUCCGUCUCUGUCCAACCUUUGGAGGUACCUGAACUCAGCAUACGCCCGAGACGAGUUUGCCUCAACCUGCCCGAUUGAUGACGAGAUCCACAUGGCUUACGCUUCUGUGGCUAAAGUUCUCAAGUAGGCUUUGGGGGAAAGAAAAAAAAAAAAAAAGAAAAGUUGGUUAGAAAGAAUUUAUCAUCAGUUUAACAACACUUUUUUUUUUUUCCUUUCCAGUUUUACCUGUUUCCUGUAAAAACCCUUCAAAAUCAUUUGCUCUAAAUUCUACGCUAUAGUGGAGUUGCAAAAGAUAAGUCAAAAUGCAGUUGUACCGUUUCUUUGUACUUUGGGGAGAUUAUGUAUACAGACACAAAACUGCCAAGUCAGCUGAAAACUCAUUCAGCUUAAGUGUCAAUCUUUUAUUUAGUAAAAAAUAUGCACACCAGCAUGAACCAAAGUAUUUGGGAAUCACAUUGAACGGUUCACACUCGGGAUGGGCGAGUACCGACACCAGCCUUCUUUCACGGUGUCGGUACAACGCAACGAUGGCUGCUACAUUGUGGUUGUUUUAAUCAGGAACUAAUU